AGCUCCCGAAGACUCAGGAUUCUCUCUCUCUCUCUCUCUCUUGCUCGCUUCCCCUUCUUCUCCUCCUCCUCCGUCUCCGAAUAGCGCUAUAGGCCCAGUUCGAGCACGCAUCGCAAUUGACAAUGGAGAUAUUGUUUCUGAAGACACUCUUGAACAGUAUAUCCCGAUUUGACCUUUUAUCUUCAAGCAACAACAUGAAAGUUGAGAUGGUACGAAGAUAUUACCAAAAUAUUGAUAAGAUGUUGAAGCUUCUGAAGCCUGUACUUGAAGGUGUUGCUGAAGGAGAUUUGAAUGAGCAAAGAAGUAAGGUUUUGCAAGAGCUAGAUGCAUUUGUCAAUGAAGCAAGAGAGCUUAUUGAAAGUUGGCACCACAUGACGAGUAAAAUUUAUUUUGUUAUGCACAUUGAGGGAGCUUUAACAAAGAUACAAACCUUGGCGCUGGAUGUAUGUGAGCUACUAAAAACUUUGCCUUCAUCCGCUGUUGAUGAAUCUACUUCGGAAUGUAUUGAGCAAUGUGUGCAGAAAAUUCAGCACGUGCAUUGUGAGUGGGUAUCCAACAUUAUAAAAGAGUCUAUAAUAGAUCAGAGAGAGAAAAGGAUACCAAGGCCUGAACAACUGGAGAAGGUUUCAGACUCUCUAAGCUUAUCAACAAAUCAGGAAUUGCUAAUGGAGGUUGUUGCACUUGAUAAACUGAAGUCAAAGAUUAGUCAUGUUGAAAAGCAUGGGGAAGUGGAGCAGAUUGAUCAUAUAAUUGCGCUCGUUACCCAUAUGCAUGAAUGCUUUGUUAGAGUAAAACAGGUGCAUAGCAUUAAUGGAGUGCCAAUUCCACCUGAUUUCUGCUGUCCACUGUCCCUAGAAUUGAUGUCUGAUCCAGUGAUUGUGGCAUCAGGCCAAACGUAUGAGCGUGCUUUUAUUAAGAAAUGGCUUGACCAAGGCCUUACUGUUUGUCCCAAGACACGUCAAACACUUGUGCACACCAAUUUAAUUCCCAAUUACACUGUCAAGGCGUUAAUUGCGAACUGGUGCGAGUCCAAUGAUAUUAAGCUGCCUGAUCCUAUAAAGUCUGUGAAUUUAAACCUGCCCACUGCUUUUAUCAACUGUGCAGAUUUGCAUGAUAAUGAUUGCAAUAACAACCAUUCUGCUCAUUCUCCCAGGAGCUCUCCAUCUCCAGAUCCUGAUGUUGCUAAGUUGAGUUCACACAAGGAUGCGAUGUCUUCAAAUGGUUCACUUCAAGAAACAUAUCAGCCUGAAAAGCCUCUAGCUCAUCACAAUCUGUCUACUGGUUCAAUUUUGCCAACAACAAAUGGGUUUGAGAAAGAUAUAUCAAGAAUGUCUCUUAAUAGCUCUGAUGGCUCGCAGCAGUCCAACUCAGAAGUGAGGCAUGUUGAUUCUGGUGGUCAAUAUUCUAGUCCAUCUAGAGAUAGUGGCUCCCCUGAUGACGAUAGAUUUCAGGGACAUAACCAAAGUGUUUCUGCUUCAGGUGCUGUUGCAACUAAUGAUUCCCUUCCACCUGGUGGAGAUGCUAACUUGGUCUCACGGGUUUCAAGUGAUCUGACGCAGUACAGUAGUGAUAAUUCUGGGGAAGUUGUACGAGAAGCACCAGCUUCCACUGCACCUCUGAGAGAAUCUGCAUUCCCAUUGAGGCUGUCUGAAUCCCGUUCAAGAAGCCAAACAAUCUGGCGGCGCCCUUCUGAAAAGUUUUCCCCAAGGAUCAUAUCUUCUCCAUCUAUGGAUUCUAGGCCUGACUUAUCUGGCAUUGAGACACAAGUUCGGAAAUUUAUUGAGGAUUUAAAAAGUGAUUCAGUUGAUUUGCAAAGAACUGCCACAGCUGAGAUUCGACAGCUUGCUAAACACAACAUGGAAAAUAGAAUUGUCAUUGCUAACUGUGGAGCUAUUCCCUUGUUGGUUGGUUUGCUUCAAUCAACAGACCAGAAGAUUCAGGAGAAUGCAGUCACAGCCCUUUUGAAUUUAUCAAUUAACGACAACAAUAAAACUGCAAUUGCAAAUGCCGAUGCCAUUGAUCCUCUCAUUCACGUGCUUGAGACUGGGAAUGCGGAGGCAAAAGAAAAUUCUGCUGCCACGCUUUUCAGCCUUUCUGUCAUUGAGGAAAACAAGGUCAAGAUUGGACGCUCUGGUGCUAUAAGGCCUCUGGUGGAAUUAUUGGGAAGUGGAACCCCCCGAGGAAAGAAGGAUGCUGCUACAGCUUUGUUUAAUCUAUCAAUAUUUCAUGAAAACAAGGCCCGCAUUGUGCAGGCUGGGGCUGUUAGGCACUUGGUUGAGCUAAUGGACCCAGCUGCUGGCAUGGUUGAUAAGGCUGUGGCUGUUUUGGCAAACCUGGCCACAAUACCUGAAGGCCGAACCGCAAUUGGUCAUGAAGGCGGGAUUCCAGUACUUGUGGAAGUAGUUGAAUUGGGAUCUGCACGAGGGAAAGAAAAUGCUGCUGCAGCACUGCUUCAACUCUGCACAACUAGCAACAGAUUCUGCAGUCAGGUGCUUCAAGAAGGUGCUGUGCCACCUUUGGUGGCAUUGUCACAAUCAGGCACUCCACGAGCCAAGGAAAAGGCUCAGUCUCUUCUCACCUACUUCCGAAGUCAGAGACAUGGCAAUGCUGGGAGGGGAUGAUCUUCUAAAAGACGCAUUUUACACCCAUCUGCCCUAAUGUAAUUAUGAGUUGGAUUUUAGAACUGUUGUAUGCAGUGUCAAGAGAAAUGCCUGUGCCGAACCGCACACAACUGUUUGAAAUUGGCUAUCUGAUUAACUAGCAUUGGUUGAAGUUCAUGCUGGCAUCCCCUUGUGUAGAAAGGAUGUGCUGAUCUUGAUCUGUAAAGUGUUCAAUUGGCUUCUCUUGUUGAUUAUUUUUUUCCCCCCUCAGUGAUUGUUGUAUAUGCUUCUCCAUAACUUAUGUAUCAUUUUUCCUUACUGUUGCACUGUAACUUUCAUUCUUGAGUCCCCCUUCUUUGUUUGUCCAGUUUGAAUUAAGUUAUAGACAGUACCAGAUUACAGCGUAUACAUUAGGAUUGAUUCCA